GGGAAGUUGAGUCAAACAACAGGCCAGACUGCCUCUGACAGGGAAAAUACGUCUGUCACCAGGGAGCCAAACACUCGUAAAAUUUUAUUUUCUGGUGUGUUUUUUAGUCGUAAAUGUCCGAAUGGUGUAGAAGAAGAAGACGCAUCAUCAUGGCAGACGUUUGGGAGCCGCUGUUGGCGACGCCGAAACUACGGGUGUCACUUUUCGCCUUUCUUCUCUUUCUUGUUGUCUCCCCUGGUGACGCCAGAUUGCACCGGAUAAGAAGCGCCAACCCCCCGACGGAGGAAACGGUAGAAACUUACGACAAAUACUACAAUUAUGUCGACCUAACCGGGCGAUUACAGUCCUUGGCUCAGAAACACCCUCACAUAGCUAACCUGUCGAGCAUAGGUCAGUCUGUGGAGGGCAGGGAGCUCUGGGUGAUGCGGAUCACCAAGGAGCCCAACAUAGACACACCGGGGAAACCAAGAUUUAAAUACGUAGGAAACAUGCACGGCGAUGAAACCGUGUCCAGGCAGGUGCUGAUGUACCUUGUAGAGUACCUGCUUACGAAAUAUGGGGAAGACCCGCGCAUUACUGAGCUGGUGAACACCACGGAUAUUUACAUCAUGCCCAGCAUGAACCCCGACGGUUUUGAGAGGUCCCAAGAGGGGGACUGCAAUGGCGACAAGGGGGGUCGAAAUAACGCCAAAGAUGUUGACCUCAACAGGAGCUUUCCUGACCAGUUUGAUGGGAUAACUGUCGACCCAGAUAACAUCCCCGAGGUCAUGGCUGUGAUCAGAUGGAUCCAGGAGAAAAAGUUCGUGCUGUCAGGGAACCUGCACGGUGGUACUGUGGUUGCCAGUUACCCCUUUGAUGACUCGGCCUUCCAUCAGCGGCAGGGCCACUACAGCCAAUCGGAGGACGAUGGCCUGUUUCGUUACUUGGCCCUGGUGUAUUCCAAGAACCACCCUGAGAUGAAGACUGGCGAGCCCAACUGUCCCGAUGCCCAAGAUGAAACUUUUGAAGAUGGCAUCACCAAUGGGGCGCAGUGGUAUGACGUACCUGGAGGGAUGCAGGACUACAAUUAUCUCUAUGGAAAUUGUUUGGAAAUUACCAUGGAGCUGAGCUGCUGCAAAUAUCCUCUUUCUACCGAGCUCCACAAGGAAUGGGAUCUGAACAGGGAGUCAUUACUGGCCUACAUAGAGAAGGUCCAUAUUGGUGUCCGUGGCUACGUGAAAGACGCCAUCAGUGGUGCUGCUCUCACCAACGUCAGUAUUUUGGUGGCAGGCAUCCGCCACAACCUGACCACAGGACAGUAUGGAGACUACUACCGCCUUCUGCUCCCAGGAACAUACAACAUCACAGCUGUAGCCCAAGGGUACGCAUCAAUGACUGUCCACAAUGUCCAGGUUGUAGAUGGCAAACCCACAGAACUUAACUUUACCCUGGCACCUGUGGUCAGUGAUACUGCAGGUAGCAUCACUGUGCCCACAACUUCCACACCAUUGACCAGUGAUCCAAAUAUCUCCACCACUACUAUCAACUCCACCUGGGUGGUACCUUCUGAGGGAAACAAGAGCAGCCUUCCUGUGUUUCCACCUGAAGAGCAGCCCACUCAGCCGCAGGUGUUUCGCCACCACAACUACGCAGACAUGGAGCUUUUCUUACGCAUGUACAGCAGCAAGUUCCCAUCCAUUACCCAUCUUGACUCUAUCGGCCAGUCAGUGGAAGGCCGGGAGCUCUAUGUGAUGGUCAUCUCGGACAACCCCACUGUUCAUGAGCAUGGUGAGCCAGAGUUUAAGUAUGUGGGCAACAUGCAUGGUAAUGAAGUGGUGGGCCGGGAGUUAUUGCUCAACCUCAUUGAGUACCUGUGCCGUAACUAUGGCACUGACACAGAGGUCACUAAUUUGGUCAACAACACUCGCAUUCACAUCAUGCCUUCUAUGAACCCGGAUGGCUAUGAGGUAGCUACUGAAGGUGAUGUAACGGGAUACAAAGGACGCAACAACAGCAACAAUUUUGACCUGAACCGUAACUUCCCAGACCAGUUUACCAUCAUCAAAGCGCCCAGACAGCCAGAGACUAUAGCUGUGAUGAACUGGCUGAAGAGCCACCCCUUCGUCCUGUCAGCCAACCUCCAUGGAGGUUCCUUGGUGGUCAACUAUCCCUAUGAUGAUGACAAAGAAGGGGUAACACAGUACAGCCAGUGUCCCGAUGACAAGGUCUUUCAGCAGGUGGCUAGAGCCUACUCACAGGAGAAUCCUCUGAUGCACAAUGGACACCCUUGUGAGGACCUGUACCCUAAGGAGUAUUUUCAGGAUGGCAUCGUCAAUGGUGCCAACUGGUACAAUGUUCCUGGUGGCAUGCAGGACUGGAACUACCUUAACACUAACUGUUUUGAGGUCACCAUUGAGCUGGGUUGUGUAAAGUACCCCAUGGCCAAGGAACUGCCAAAAUACUGGGAACAAAAUCGACGGGCCUUACUCCAGUUUAUACACCAGGUCCACAGCGGAAUAAAAGGCACAGUGUCUGACUUAAGGGAUGGUACAGGCAUUCCCAAUGCCACCAUUAGUGUGAAGGACAUAGAUCACAGCAUCAUUACAGCCCACACUGGAGACUACUGGAGACUUCUGGUCCCUGGGACCUAUUCUGUCACUGCCUCUGCCCAUGGAUAUACACCUGUGACGACGUACGCCACAGUUUCAAAGCAUAGAGCGGAGGUAGUGGACUUCAGACUGACACGGAUACACUCAGACCCAUCUGAGAGGGAGUUCGACAGCUUAAUCAAGGACCUCUCUCUAGGCCAGGGUUUAGAGCAGUUGGUGAGGAGCACAGCCACAGAGAACAACUUCCGCUACAAACGCUAUAAAGAGCUGUCUGCCUCCCUGAGAGGCCUCACCCUCAACUUUCCCAAAAUUACAUCAUUACGAAGCUUUGGCCAAAGUGUGGAGUUUCGAACCAUUUGGGCUCUGGAAAUCUCCAACAAACCAGGGGAGGCUGAACCAUCUGAACCCAAAGUCCGCUUUGUAGCAGGGAUCCAUGGUAAUGCCCCAGUGGGCACAGAGCUGCUGCUGGAGUUUGCUACCUUUCUGUGUAUGAACUAUGGAAAGAACCCAGUCAUUACUAGGCUGAUCAAUGAGACACGGAUUGUCAUCGUGCCAUCCAUCAACCCAGAUGGAAGGGAACAAGCGAUUGAGAAACAGUGCACCUCCACCCAGGGCUUGACCAAUUCUCAUGGAAAGGAUCUGGACACAGACUUCUUUGGCAAUGCAUCACAGCGUGUGGUGGAGGCCCAACCGGAGACCAGGGCGAUGAUGGACUUGAUCCUAGAUAAGGGCUACACACUGUCUGUGGCCCUCGAUGGAGGCUCCCUCGUUGCUACCUACCCUUAUGACAAGCCUGUCCAGUCUGUUGAAAAUGAGGGCACUCUGAAGUACUUAGCGAGUGUUUAUGCCAAAAACCACCCCAAGAUGCACCUCGGGGACACUGGAUGUUCAAAUAAUGGGCAGAUGGGCAACAUCCCAGAUGGAAUUAUGAGGGCCGCAGAGAGACAAAGUCACAUGGGGAGCAUGAAGGACUUCAGUAUGGACUUUGGUCACUGUCCAGAAAUCACAGUGUACAGUGGCUGCUGUCUGUUUCCCCCGGCCGAGCAGCUGCCCACGCUCUGGGCAGAAAACAAGAAGCCUCUUCUAAGCAUGUUGGUGGAGGUCCAUAAAGGGGUGCGUGGCGUGGUGAGGGACAAGAGCGGGAAGCCUAUCAUUGGUGCCAUCAUUGUACUGAAUGGGGGAGUGAGAGUCUUCUCUGGAGAGGAAGGCUACUUCCGUGCACUGCUGGCACCAGGCAACCACAACAUUGAAGCUGUUGCUGAUGGCUACCAACAGCAACGGCAAGAGGUGGUGGUAUCUUCCUAUGAAGCUGCUAGCUCCAUCGUCAUUGAGUUUGACAUGGACAACAACAUCUUUGGCCUGCCCAGGGAAUUUGUGGUGGCCAGUGCAGCAGCCUCCAUGACGGCACUGGUGGUGACGGCGUGCAUCAUCUGGUGUGUGUGCGCAGCCAAGUCUAAUCAUCAGAAAGAUGGCUUCCAUCGCUUGCGGCAGCACCGAGAUGAUUAUGACGACGAGAUCCGGCUCACUUCUAUGGGCUCCAAGAAGUCUCUGCUUGCUCACGAGUUUCAGGACGAGAGUGAAAGCGAUGAGGAGACACUUUACGCCAACAAAAUCUGAGAACCAUCGCACCAAUUUGGCUGUUGGCUCAGUAUUUUAUUUUGAUUUCCCCCUUAAAUUUAACCCCCGGCCAACGAGGAACAGGUUGAACUCUUGACAGCGUUUCUGUCUUUAUGACUGAUUAUAUGAUAAGAGUGAUGAAGACACUUUGUUCUGCUACACAAACAAAUUCUGAGCACUCACUCAAGUUAUAUUAGUGCUACUAAAUUGAUAGUUUUGAAAACAUCCUGCUGCUGUCUGGACUGGAGGGCUGGCUUUUUUGUGCUCCAUCUCUGCCUGACUGGAUCAGGAGAGCGGGAGAGACGGGGGACAAAGAGAGGGAGAAAGAAAGUAAGGUUCAGUCCACUCAUCCGUCCUUAUAGCAGGUUUUGAGUCCCACAGCUGCUUCAUUUCCGAGCCACACAAGAAUCCUCUUGUAGACCACUCAGUACCUGUCCUGCCUGGCUAAGGGGUCAAGCCAAUAAGUCCAAAUAAACCUCUUGUUCAGUGGAUGUGUAAUGAACUCUGGAUGGAAGUGCUUAAUCUCACACAAUUCCUGCCCCCCCCCCCACCCCCACCCACUGAUGUCAUCACCAUGCAUUUCUUUGAAUACUGCUUUCAGCUUGGUAAUGAGAAAUGGAAUCUGUCUAUUUUAUCAAAGACAGCAUUGCAACAUCGAAGUGUCAGAGCCUUUUGGGAGACUGAAUCCAAUACUGUGCCUUGGCUUCUGUAAAGUUACAGUCCAUUUGGGCUGUAGUAUGCGACAGAAAGCAGCAACAUAGUGAAUAGAUAAGUUGGUCCAUGCUGGAAUUUGAUCCAUCCUAUACUCAGGUGGUAGGAAAAGUAAGAAAUUGCUUAAAGGACUGCUGAAUUCCCAUGUUGCACUGUGCUGGCCUGCCUGGGUUAAGUAGUUUUGUAUUUUUCCAGUGUGUUUAACGCUGUGGCCAAAAUCAUAAUGGGAGCGAGCUUCUCAAGAGCUUUAAAGCAUCAGGGAGAAUCCGUCACCAAGCUUAAAUGCAACCUUUAUCAGUUAGUGCAGAGGGCGCUGCUGUAUGCAUGGAGGUCACUUGCACUAAAUGGAAAGCAAGGAUCGUCCCAUAUCAUUGGCCAAGGAAAAACUAUGAAUCUCUAAAUAUGUAAUCAUGAAAAGAAGAAUGUAUGUUUAUUUUUUCUUUCCUUUUUUUUUUUGUUUUUAAAUAUAAUUUUGUGGGAAAAUUUCAAACUGUCUGUACAUGGAAAGUUACUGCUGACUUUCAUGCAUGUCACAUCGAGUGUGUUCGCCCCGUUUUUGAUCGAGAAUGUGCACUCUCACCAUUUUUAUAAUCUGUCACUGUAAGGAAUAUCAUUUUUUUGUUUUGUUUUCAUCUGAAUGUGUGAGCAUUGUCCCCUCUAAACAAUACUUUGGACUGCAAAAGUCACACUAAGUUUGUCCGUCCAUUAAUCAUCAGUGUCUACAAUGAAAGUCAGAGCCACCCAUUCCACACCGUUUAAAGGUCCAGUGCAAAGAAAUUCACAUUUUCUAAAUGCAGUGUAAGACAAAGGGCAUAGAAUUCACACACAACUUAUAAUAUGUAAUUUUACUAAUGAUAAAUGGACCUUAGACUAUUUUGGCGCACAAAGGGCAUUUAAAUUGAAAAUUAGUUAGUUUCAAAUCAUCAUUAUCAUUAGUAUGCACUGUUAAUAAGUGCUUCAGACAGUUGUUGGGGACACUGACAGAUUGCCUUAAUGGCUUUGAAGAGCAACAUAUGGUUGGUGUGUAAUGCGGUAAUUUCUUUAAACAACUCAAUUUGAGUGGGUAAACGGGCACAUCAGGGGGACAGGUUUGUGUACAGACAUGAAAGUAAACUGGAAACUGAUGGGAAGAAGGAAAAACUGAGACCUCUCUGUUGGUAUUCCUUGGCUGAAACGUCCACUUUGGUUCAGAAUUUUACUUCUAGCAAAAUCAGGUGAACCGCCAAAAACCAAAAAAAAAAAAAAGAUUUUUCCUUAAAUCUCAAGUAUUCCUAACUGAAUUGUAAUCAUUACACUGGAUCAUUUAAAACAUCAGGUGGCUCAUAAAUUGGUAAUGCUAUGCAUGUUUUUCAUCACAGUAGUUUGAAAGAUUACGCACCUGUUCACUUAAAUACAUGGUCACUAAGAAACUGCCUUGAUUUCCAGUUACUUUGAGGAGAGAUUCCUUUCUUCUCCCUUUUAACGAAUGCAGCUGUCACCAGUAACAUUAAACCUGAUGUCUGUGUAGAGA